AUGCGCCAGGGCCGAUCCGAGCGACCUCUCACUUCCUCUCCUCCUCCUCCUCCGACCACUCUCAUCACCAAACCACCAACGCGCAUCUUCUUCCACCUUCUCCUCCAUCGCGAGGCUCUGCUCCAUCAGAACCCCGUUCUUCGUUUCAAUCUCCAUCGCGAGACACACACUUCUCUCUUCUCUACCCUCACAUUUCUUUCAGUUUCUUUCAGCCAAAAAGUCAGCAUCACCAACAUCAUGUCGCGCGGUGGCACCACCUUGUACGUGACUGGCUUCAGCCACGGCACUCGCGCCCGAGACCUCGCCUACGAAUUCGAACGCUAUGGACACCUUGUCCGAUGCGACAUCCCUGCUCCUCGCUCGGCAUCCAGCAGACUGUUUGCCUUUGUCGAGUACGAGGACCGUCGCGAUGCUGACGAUGCUUAUCAUGAGAUGCACAACAAGCGCAUCGGUCGCGACGACAUCCUGAAGAUUGAGUGGGCUCGCACCCCUCCUUCCGCCUCAUGGCGCUUCGACUCUGGCCGUGACCGUGAGCGCGCUCCUCGCCGCUCCUCUCCCCGUCGUGGCCGCUCGCCUUCUCCUCGUCGCAGCACCCGCGACUACUCUCCCAGAAAGGACGACCGCCGGGACCGCGACCGCGACUAUGACCGUGGCGACAGACGCGACACCCGCGACCGUUCCCGCAGCCCUGACCGACGUGAUCGAGACGCCAAGGAAGACCGCGAAGACCGGGAACCCCGUGAGAACGGUACCAACGGUGACGAUAGAAAGGCACUGGACAGCCCUCCCCCUGCCCAUGACGACCUGGACGUUGCUGCGGAGUGA